AUUUAGUAAUCAAAACAUCUUUUGAAAGGUUGUUUUACACAGCAGGGGGCAAGUCUUUGAAGGUUACAUUCAGACUGCUGGGUCAAGAGGCCCAAAUCUGACACAUCACAUCCAUCCAAUUUCAUCUUUGGUACCUCUGGCCUCUGAUAUGCUGCCGAGAGCCAAAUCCGUGUGAUCCUGAGCUUUAUGUGGGUUCUUAUGUUUCCCUUUACCGUCCCUACAAAGUGAAUAUUUUUUGUGGCUAAGAUGACAAAAAGGGCUUUGUAAAAGCUGCUAAGUGCAUGAUGUUGUAUCCAAGCUGGACCUUAAUGCAAACACACCAUACUAUUGCAUAGUAUGAAUCCAUACCUGGGCUAUAACAGUUAGAAACAAAACUGACCAAUCAUACAAGCCAAAAAGUCUGAAUUUAGCCUAGCGUUGGACCAGAGUCUCAAGUGCUUAGAAUUAAUGGUAUUUUAAUGCAUUGUGCUUAGAUUUUGGACCAGCAGGGCACCCGUAACAUUCUCUAAUGACUCACUCACACACAGUUUUGUAAUAUUGACAGAGCAGCUGCCUCACACAGUCAAAAGUGGAAUGAAUGCUGAGGGGGUCCUGGGGACGAAACAUGGAUAAUUCUGAAAUGAUUUCAAAUGAAGGCAACAACACAGAUGGAAUGUCUUUUCCUUAUAAUGUGAGAAACAAAGGAGCUGUGCAAACAUUCAGAGUCGGGUCCAGAAGUCUUCCACUUUAUCCGUCAGUUAUCCUGUGUUUAGGAUUGCUGAAUGUGAUUCUGCUGUUAACUGCCAUUGCUAUUGGGAUUUACUGUGGCAAAGUCAAUCAAGAAUCGGAACCCCACAACCACAAAACAGCACAAGGACUACUUAUAGAGGUGAAUGAACUUCAGAGAGCUCAAGGUGAAGCUGUGAACGAUAAAGAAGUGUCUGAACAAGCACUAGAGCAAGAACGUAGGAACACCAAGCAACUUGAGCUGCAUUUAACACACAACAAAACCAACAGUGACCGCCUUCAGAGGCAACUUGAGGUGCUACAUGUGGAGAAGGCAACAAUUCUGGCCAAUGCCUCGGAGUCCAAAAAAAGCUGCGGGCGAUGCCUUCCUGGGUGGAUAUUACGUAACACCACAUGCUACUUCUAUUCUACAUCAAGCUCCCUUCCAAAAAGAAAUUGGAUGGAGAGUAGAGCGGACUGUAUCAGUCGUGGUGCCGAUCUUGUUGUGAUUGAUAGCUGGGAGGAGCAGGUAAUUCUCUUUGAGUCCCUACAAAAACUUUCUCCAGCUGCACGGGUUCAGAGAAUUUGGAUUGGCCUCACAGAUCAUCAUGAAGAAGGCACAUGGUUGUGGGUAAAUAAUGCGACAGUGCUGGAUGGAGGGUAUUGGAUGGAAAAACAGAACCCUGGAAACAGUACGGACUGUGGAGCAUUCAUGAGGACUUAUGAGGACGAUCCAAGAAGGUCAUGGUUUGAUGAAUCGUGCCAAGAGAAAAGGGCAUGGUUAUGUGAAAUUUGAUUCAGCCUCUGUGGCUGUGAUAUGCAAGAUCAGCUUGGGUUUGUGUCAGACAAUCAUGAUAUGAUAGAAUAUGGACCCCCAGUUAUCUUUCAUGGAACAAAAUGUAGUUAUUGUUUUAUGUGUUCAU